AAUAAGAAAUAGGAGCUUUGCUUGUGCACGGGUGCCUGUGAUUGACAAAAAUAGAAAGUUGCGGCUGAUCAUAUCACUAGGACUGCCCCAGAUAAUAGCAACUGACCUAACCUUAGGUUUGGUUGCCCGAAGCGCUCACACAACUGCGAGGAGUCUGAAAUACACGGGGGAAAAAAAAUGCAGCGCGGGUGUGACCGAGCCAAGGGCCAGGAAUCCAUCAGCUCCAUUGGCCCCAAGAAUCACAACGGCCUAAGGGGGGAAGUGAGAUGAAUGAAAACACACGCGCGCGCGCAACAUUCCUCCCCCUCCCCCGCAUCUCUCGGGAGCAGAGCGUGGUGUCAUCUUUGUAUGGCAGCCAAGAAACGUAAAAAAAAAAGAAUGCGUCUUGUCCUGGCCUAGUCCCUCCACACAGCAUGACUUCCUCAGACAAGAGGGAGGGCGACUGUGCAUGCCUCCCUCCCUUCUUUCCCUCCCCGCGCACGCUCCGAAUGUGCAUCCUUAGGAAACGGCAAAAAAAGAGGAAGGCUCACGGGCAUCGUGCGUGCGACACGGGAAUUAAGGUCGCUCGCGUUCUACGGACGGCCCAUGAGUUCUCGCGUGGAGGGAGGAAGAGCGGGGAGGAAGAGGAAGAGAAGACCGGGGAGUAAAAAGGCCUUAGGUUCUGCGGCCGCUGGCGCGUCGUUGGGCCUUCUCUGAGGGAGGUUUGCAGUGCGCCUGCGUGGAGCGGGCCUUGCUUUCUUGCUUUCUUGCCUCGCUGUGUGGACUGCAGGGUUUUUGCCGCGACUUUGGCCGUUAAAAUUCAGCUUCGUUCCUGUUGCGUGAGCUGAAAGACUGAGCCGAUACACGGGAGGAACUUAAAAGAAGCUUCUUCAUCGCUGUUUUUUUCUCGCCGCUACCACCACUGCCGCUUCCAGCGGCCAUGGGUCCGACAUCCCUGUUAUGGAGGCGGUACUGGCGACGGCGGUGGCUGAGUGACUGAAAACCGAGUGCUGUGGGGGAGAAGGCAGCGGAGGCCACGGGGGUCUCUCUGGCAGUGUGUGGUGUCGUGCUGACGGUGUUUUUAACCCUUAGAUGGUCUCUAGCGAGCCGUUGUUGCUGCCUGUGUCACUGGAGGGCGAGUUCUCCAAUAGCAUGAAGGAGAUGAUCGGCGGCUGCUGCGUGUGCUCCGACGAGAGGGGCUGGGCCGAGAACCCGCUGGUUUACUGCGACGGGCAUGGCUGCAAUGUCGCAGUGCAUCAAGCAUGCUACGGAAUUGUGCAAGUACCCACUGGACCUUGGUUUUGUAGAAAAUGUGAAUCUCAGGAAAGAGCAGCUAGAGUGAAAUGUGAGUUGUGCCCUCACAAGGAUGGUGCUUUAAAGAGGACUGAUGGUGGUGGUUGGGCUCAUGUGGUUUGUGCUCUGUACAUUCCCGAGGUGCAGUUUGCAAAUGUUUCUACAAUGGAACCUAUCGUCUUGCAGUCUGUUCCUCAUGAUCGUUAUAAUAAGACAUGUUAUAUAUGUGAAGAGCAAGGCAGAGAAAGCAAAGCAGCCUCAGGUGCUUGCAUGACCUGUAAUAAACAUGGAUGUCGUCAAGCUUUCCAUGUAACAUGUGCACAGUUUGCAGGACUUCUUUGUGAAGAAGAAGGUAACGGUGCAGACAAUGUCCAAUACUGUGGUUACUGUAAAUACCAUUUCAGUAAACUGAAAUACAAAGAAAAGGAAAAGCAUAGACAAAAACAUAAGAAGCAAACAGAUUCUUCUCCAUCCUUGGUUCCUUCCCUUACUGUAACUACAGAGAAAACUUACACAAGCACUACCAACAGCUCUAUGACAGGGUCAUUGAAGAGGCUGGAAGAUACCACAGCUCGUUUUACAAAUGCAAAUUUCCAGGAAGUUUCUGCACAUGCUUCAAGUGGCAAAGAUGUUUCAGAGGCCAGAGGUUCAGAGAGCAAAGGGAAGAAGUCAGCAGGUCAUAAUUCAGGUCAAAGGGGAAGAAAGCCUGGUGCUGCUAGGACUCCUGGAACUGCAGUAUCAGCAGCUUGUACUUUUCAACAAGGAAGUUUUUUGGGAACUCCAAACAGUACAAAAUCAUCCUCUGGAAGUUCUGUUCAAUCUCCCCAAGACUUUUUGAGCUUUACAGACUCAGAUCUACGUAAUGACAGCUAUACUCAUUCUCAGCAGACUUUGUCAACCAAAGAUGUAUAUAAAGGAGAGAUUGGAAGUCAGGAAGGUGGUGUGAAUUGUUUUACUUCCUUAAUUAAUCUUCCUUCAACCUCAACUGUUGCCUCCCAGCCUACUAUUUUUGACAGUUCACCUGGAGAGUUAGGUAGUUCAAACCUUAUACCAAUAGGAUACAAACGUGCUCAGUCAUCUGGGAUAGAAGACGAAACCAUAAAGGAAAAGAAACGAAAAGGAAAUAAGCUAUGUAAGCAUGGGCCUGGUCGGCCCAAAGGAAAUAAAAGUCAGGAGAAUAUUUCUCACCUGUCAGUUUGUUCAGCUUCCCCAACAUCAUCAGUAGCAUCUGCUGCAGGAAGCAUAACAAGCUCCAAUCUGCAGAAGUCCCCAACCUUGCUCAGAAAUGGAAGUAUACAAAGUCUCAGUGUGGGUUCCUCUCCUAUUGGUUCAGGCAUUUAUAGCAGUAAUGAAGUAGCAGUAUCUUUUCCAAAUGUAGUCUCUGGCUCAGGAUCUAGCACUCCUGUUUCCAGUUCACAUUUACCUCAGCAGUCUUCUGGUCAUGUGCAGCAAGUGGCAACUUUGUCUUCUACACCUUCUGUACCUACAGCUGUUGCUGAAACUCAAGCAUUACCUGGAUCUUCCCUUGGCCUUCCUCCUUCACAUGUCUAUGGCAGUAGGUUAAAUUCUAACUCAACACUGGCAUCACAUGCCACACAAGCUGAAAACAUUCAGUUAGAUCAAGAUCUUGGAGACAAUAGCCGGAGCCUGGUUGGAAGGGGAGGUUCACCCAAAGGAAGUAUUUCACCACGGUCUCCUGUAAGCAACUUACAGAUUCGUUAUGAUCAAUCUGGAAAUUGCAGUGUAGAACAUUUGCCUCCAACACCAUCUACUAUAGAACAACUUCUGGAGAGGCAGUGGAGUGAGGGACAACAGUUCUUGCUGGAACAAGGAACCCCCAGUGACAUUUUAGGCAUGCUGAAAUCUUUACAUCAGCUUCAAGUUGAAAAUCGCCACUUAGAAGAACAGAUUAAAAAUCUAACAGCUAAAAAGGAGCGCCUCCAGCUCCUAAAUGCCCAGCUUUCAGUUCCUUUUCCAACAAUAGCAACCAACCCAAGUCCUUCUCAUCAAAUGCCUACAUUUUCAGCACAGACUGCUGCUGGCUCUGAUUCCCUGAACAGCAGCAAAAGCCCUAACCUGGGAAGCAGUUUUCUACCUGACAACUCACUCCCUGUAUUAAAUCAGGAAAUACAUUCCAGUGGACAAAGCACUAGCAGUUCCUCUGCUCUUUCCACUCCACCACCUGCUGGGCAAAGUCCAGCCCAGCAAGGCCCAGGAGUUGGAGGAGUUCAACAGGUCAAUGGUGUGACGGUGGGGGCAUUUGCCAGUGGAAUGCAAAGUGUAACAUCCAACAUUCCCACAGUGGGUGGAAUAAUUGGAACUGUGCCAGGUAACCAGCUGGCAAUCAAUGGAAUCGUUGGGGCUUUAAAUGGAGUAAUUCAGACUUCUGCUACAAUAUCACAGAAUCCUUCUCCUCUAGCUCACACAGCUGUGCCACCAAGUACAGUGCAUCCUCUGCCAACCACACUCAGUAACAGAACCUCUGGACUUGGAUUUCUUCCUGACCAACAGAGACAACUGCUGCUGCAUCAACAGCAGCAACAAUUUCACCAGUUACUAAAUACUCAACAAUUCACAUCAGAACAGCAUCAGGCUCUUCUGUAUCAACUAGUGCAACAGCAUCAACCUGAAGUACAGCAACUGCAGCUUUCGGGAGCCACACAGAUUCCCAUUAAUAACUUGCUGGCAGUCUCUCAGGCAUCUCCGCUUCAUACAACUGCUACUAACCCAUUCCUUGCAGUUCCUGGGGAUAUUGCAGCUCCAAAAGUUUCUAGGCUUAGUGAUAAAAGUGGAUCCCUUGCACCGGAAAAAAAUUAACACUUGAAAGUGUAUGUAAAAUUGCAAAUCCUGCUGAUAGCACUUCAUCUGGCUGUGAGUUGCACUCUCAGUCUCUCCGCAGGUAUGACGAGACACAUCAAUGAGCUAACUGCACACUGGAAAAGUGAAUCUACCUGAAGAUGUUUAUUGUACAAUUUGACCUUGUUGCUUUGUGUUGCACUGAAACUAAACUGUUUCCAUCAAAUUGCAUGGAAGCUUGGAUUUCAGAUUAGAGCACUGUAAUUUCAGUCAGUUGAUUGGAAUUUAGUUGCUGAUUGAGAAGCCUUUAUAGAUACUGCAGUGCUAAAAAUCAAAUCUUUAGUUCCAUCACUUCUUUGAAGAAAGCAGAGAAAAUAUGAAAUUUUUGUCAAUGACGUGGUGGUUUGUCAUCAGUUUUAGAAGCACCAUUUUUUCUUCAGAAAAGAAUCAGGUUUUAAGUCAUUUAUUUUGUCAUUAGUUUUUAAAAUGUUUUGCUAGAACGAAAACAUUUAAGAAAUGACAAUAUUUAAUUUUGAGAUGGAUUUUUCAGGAUCACUGGAAAAACAGAUCUGUUGAAAGUCAUAGAACUUUUACCAGAUGAGAAAGUAACUCCUGUUCUGGUAAUAUUUAAUGUAACCCAAGUGCCUGUUGCUUCCCUCUGUUGGGUUAGGGAUGGCUUUAGACAGCUGGGCAUGCACUAAAAUGAAAUAAAAAAGCCGCAAGCAUAUUCAACUUUGCACCAGCAGCCUUCCUUGCUGAUCUGCCUUUACUAGAAGUGUUUGUCACUAUUGAUAGCUCAGGCAAAUCAUUACCUGGGUUGCUUUCCACUAAUAAAUUACCAAAAAAAAAGGUGGGAGGGGGAGAUUUUCCAUUGUUAUGAAAUGUUAAUGGGUGAAAAAGACAUAUUUCACUUUGAAGAGUUGAUUUCAUAAUAAGACUAUGCAGUAAAACAGGAAAGUUUUAAUUUUAGAGUUAAUAACCACUAAUUUGAGUCUGUGUGAGUUAUUAGUGGAAAAUACUCAAGUAUACUUAGACCUUCACUGUGUACUUAAUUGGAAGAAUCUAUUGUUUCUGCAAUAUUGUUCAGUUAAACAUUGCACAGUUCUUACCUCAUUUCUGUAAAUAGGUUUUUGUGACUGUUUUGUAUUGUGAAGAAUUCAUAAAAUGUGGAUAUUUUGAUUUGUAAAAUUUCUAACUAGUAGAUUUAAUUGAAAGGUAAGAAUAAUUUAUUUUUAUAUAUUAAUGGCAAGUUUUAAAGUCACAAAUCACUUUUGUAGAUAAAUUUACUAAAGUAAAUCAGUGUGGUUUAAUUUAUUUAAAUCACUUGUUUAAUAUUCUGUAAUAAUUUGUAUAAAUGUUUUGCCUAGAUGUAAAAUUGCCAAUUUAUAUAAAGAUAUGUACAAAGCUUUGGUUAAUAAAUUUUAAUAUUGUUUAUGGCUGUAAAUUGCAAUACAUGAUACAGACUUCAUCAGAGGAAAGCAUUAGUCACUGUGUUCAAUAUAUGUUAUAUUCAUAUCUAUGGAAGCCAAGUCCUAUUAUAAGCAUGCUUUUAAUGCAUACUGAGAUAUUCAAAUCAUCGUGUUUUAAAUGGAUUUUAAACAGGCCUAUUCUAAUGUGGAUACUCUUAGCAAAAACAUAUAGCCAGAAUAGACAGUCCGGUUCCUACUGCAGCAGAAAGUGCCUUGACAUGAAAGAGUUACCUUUCUUGAGGAAAAAGGUCAUUUCACAAUGUUUGAUAUCCUUUCACCCAAUAGGAAGAAUUUUGUAUAGGUCACUUUAGUUAUAAUGAAAACUGUGCUGCCACACAAACCCAUAUCAUCACAAAGAAAAAGGGCACAAUUGGCUUCUUAAAUCUUGAGAAACAUAAGGUACACAUUUUAGCACUUUAAAAAAAAAGAUUGAUAUCCUCCUCCUACCAUGAUAUUAGUAUGAAAUGAGUAGAUUUUUUAGGCUGAAAGCAACGGUUUUAUCCUGUACAUAUUUUCCAAUUCUCUCCACAAGGCUGAAAACUUGAGGAUUCUUCUGGUAUAGUGGAAUUAUUCUUAUUUGGAAUGGAGGCUUGUCUUUGCCAUUGGCAGACAGAACUUGGACUACAAAUCCAAAUAUUUUUCCUACUCAUAUUUCACAACUGGAAUAUAUAUUUUAAGUUGUGGCUGCUUCUAUAUAUAGAGUGUAGGAAUGCCUGAAAUGCCCCACAUAGUCUGACAUCUAAUAGAUUAUAUUUUGGACUAAUAUACCUGCCAUAGUAAAAAAAAAAUAAUAAGUCCACUUUUGAUGAAUUUACUGAUUAGUAGGACUGAUCAUCCUUUUGUUUGAGGUUUCCAACUGUUGUGAUUUUUUUAAGUUAAGGAAGUUAUUUUUUAGUUGUUAAUGCUGUCUAGCUAUGCUAUAUGUAUAAAGAAAAAUGGGCAACGUUGCCCAUCUGAAACUGAUUUACAGGUUUCCAGGAGCAAGGUCAGUUAUGGGGAAGUUGCUGCAGUCCAGGAUUAAUUUAAGGACCAACUGUUAUAAUGCAAGGCAAUAAAUACAUUACAAUUUGCUAUAUUGAACAGUAUGGUCUGAAGAGAAGUAUUAGUAGGAUCCACAGUGAAGUGAAGGCAAAUAGAAUGAAAAUAGAAAUUCAGUUCCCAUUUGUUGGUUCUCCAUAAACUUAGACUUAUAUACCGCUUCACAGUGCUUUACAGCAUUCUCUAAGCAGUUUACAGAGUCAGCAUAUUUCCCCCAACAAUCGGGGUCCUCAUUUUACCAACCUUGGAAAGAUGGAAGGCUGAGUCAAUCUUGAACUGGUCAGGAACGAAGGAAUCAAACUCCCGGCAAUGUGAGCAGAGUUAGCCUGCAUUCUAACCACUGCACCACCAUGCACCGGGAUAUACAAAAUUAGUUGAUCCAGAAAUGGAACUUUUAUGGAGUGUCUAUUUCAGAAUUGACAAAAUUUUUCACUUCCCUACCUCUGCAUGUUCCAUUGGAAUAGGGUGAAUGUAAUGCCAAUGUUAUAUGAUAAUGAAACAGAAAAUGUAAUAUUCUUAGGAAAUGAGUGGUUAUUAAUGAAAACUGAAAUGUAAGAUUCUUAAAAGAUGCAAUGUUUCCCAUCCUGCAAUAUGACUUUAUAUUAAAAAAUAUUUGCUCAGUUGUUCCAA